AUGCCUCGCGGCCCGGACUACAACUCCCAGCGGCCCCCGCGGCUCCCGCGCCUGCGCUCUGACUGCGCCGGCGGUGGUAUGGCGGCGGCGGCGGCGGCGUCGGUAGCAGCAGCCCCAGCAGCGGCAACAGCCGAGACCCUUGAGGAAUGUGGCUGCAAGGGCAUCCGGACCUGUCUGGUCUGCGAGCGGCGGCGCGGUGGUGACCCGCCCUGGAGGCUUCCCCCGCAGAACCUGGACCGCUUCCUUUACUGUUCGCACACUGGCUGGGCAGUGGGCACAGAGGAGUCUGACUUCGAAGGCUGGGCUUUCCCUUUCCCGGGAGUGAUGCUCAUAGAGGACUUUGUCACCCGGGAGGAAGAAGCUGAGUUGGUGCACCUGAUGGACCGGGACCCCUGGAAGCUCUCUCAGUCUGGACGGCGGAAGCAGGACUACGGCCCCAGAGUCAACUUUCGGAAGCAGAAGCUGAAGAUGGCUGGCUUCCAAGGCCUGCCCGCGUUCAGCCAGGAGGUGGUGCAGAGGAUGGGUUGCUACCCAGACCUGGAGGACUUCCGGCCCGUUGAGCAGUGCAACCUGGAUUACCGGCCCGAGUGGGGCUCUGCCAUCGACCCCCACCUGGACGACACGUGGCUUUGGGGGGAGCGGCUGGUGAGCCUCAACCUGCUGUCCCCGACGGUGCUCUCCAUGUCCCGCAAGGCACCCGGCAGCCUCCUGCUCUGCCCAGCGCCCCCGGACUUGCUGGAGCCCCUGGUGGAGGGGGCAGAGGCCUUCAGCAGAUCGGUCAUGUGCCAAGAUGUGGAGGUGGCCAUCAACGUGCCCCGCCGCUCUCUGCUGGUGCUCUCCGGUGAGGCCCGGCACCAGUGGCUGCAUGCCAUCCACCGCAGACAUGUCACUGCCCGCCGCGUCUGCAUCACCUUCAGGGAGCUGUCGCCAGAGUUCUGCCCUGGAGGAGGGCAGCAGGACCUGGGCCAGGAGCUCCUGCAGGUGGCUCUCUCCUUCCAAGGGAGGCCUGUGUGA